AUGGUUGUGUCCGGUACACUCACUGUCAAAGUCGAUCGAUUUGAAGGGGGAAAGUCAGGCGACAAGUAUAGUGUCCGUUUUGUACUGGGAGACAAGGAGCGCCACACGAAAUACGUGUCGGCUGAUGAAAAGAUUGAGGAAACGUUGCACUUUGACGUGGACAGGACGACGGAAUAUGAAGAAGUAACGAUUGAAGUGCUUGGACAGAAUCAAGACAAGCCAUUGGUGUCUACUAAGCGCACACUACAGGACUUUAUGAAGGGACUUCAGAACGAGACGUUGACGUUUACCUCUGGCCCUGUGUCAUCGGCGAAGGAGACGCGUGUUAUCUUUGGUACGGAUUGGACGCAAACAAAGAAAGAGUCGACGUUGGCAGCUGCUGAGACGCAUCGUCCGUGGUUUAUGCGUGCUUCGUAUUAUUACGACACGACGAAGAAUGUGUAUGACUAUACGACGAGUUUUCGGAUUGUAAAGCCAUUUGCUCGUCUUGGAGAAGGAACGGUGAAUACGGUCUUGGCUACAGUCUUGGGCAAGACGUUAUAUGAUGUGGAUCAGUCGUUGAUGGUGCCAAUGCUUGAUUCUAUGGAUAAUAAGGUGGAUUCGACCAUUUCUGUAGCGUUUACGAAGCUGUAUGAAGGUCAACAGAUGGCGGUUAGGACAAAGAACAAGGCAGUUCAUGGCGUGUCGACGGUGGCUCGUAAAACGGGAAGCACAGCCGUCCGUGCGACGAGUUACACGGCACAUAAGGUCGUUGCAGCACCAGGUGCAGCAAUUGGUGUGGUGAUUGGUGUGGCUGAGUAUGCAGGGUCUCAGGUGAAGCACGCAUCGUCGUCGACGUUUGGCAUGGUGCGGGGUGUGACGUAUUCUGUUGCUAGUCAUAUACCCAUUCUCGGGCCCAAAAUACGGGCUUAA